AUGCUCUCGCCGACACUCAACGGUGGCAACGAUGCCGCAUUAGACGCAGCAGGUCCUUCUGCGCCACCAUCUUCAGCGCAGCGAGGAGCAGGAGCACACCCCUUCUCACUCAAAGUUCGCUCCAUCCUCACCCGUCCGCCUUCCAGUCGCGAUGAUGAACUCGUCGCCAAGGGGCUGAGGGCUUUGGAGGGUCGAUAUGCAUUGGGCGGGCAGGCGACGCAAUCUUGGAAGAACAACAAGGCUGUCAAACAACGCAAGAGCGCAUACAGACUACUCGCAGACUCGAGUGACGAAGAAGACGGACUCGAUUUUCCCACCUCGUCCUCGCACCCCGCCGCAAGCGUACAGCUCUCGCACAUCAAGUCCCACCUCACCCAAGAUGCCCACGCCGACCUCCUCACCUCUACGACACAGUACCUUGCCCACCUCGACACCGUCACCGACCACCUCGACAGCAUACACGACCGUCUCGCCUCCAUGCGCGCCACCUGCGACAGCGUAGAUUCCUCCCUCUCUCACUCAAACGACUCAGUUCGCUACCUUCUCGAACAGUCAGCAGGGCUAGAGCGACAACGUGGUGCAACAAAACAGCAAGCUCUCCUCGCUCGCCUCUUCUUGGAGCGCUUCACCUUGCCACCUGCGGAGCGCGAAGCAAUCGAACGUCGCGACUCCCCCGUUGGACACGAGUUGUUCGCUGCAAUGGACCGCCUCGCAGUAAUGAGGCAGGACUGUCUCGCCCUGCUGGAAGGAGGCGGAGAAGCGGGUGGUGGGACAAGGGCAGGGACGGACGUGAUGGCUUCUACGGGUCAACUAUUGGAUUUGGCCCACGAGAAGCUAGGACGCUUUCUCAACUUUGAGUUUCGGCAGGCACCGAAAGAGGGCUUGGACGUAGGGCCUAUACUGAGGGACAGUGUAAGACGGUUGGUAGAGGCAGAAGCAGGGAAAGGGGAAGAGGUGCUUGCUCCGGCGCUGGGUAUUCUUGCAGGUAUGAGGAGCACCUACCUGGCUGGCGCUUUCCAGCAGGCUCUGCAGCGAGGAAGUGGAGAGGGGUCCUCAGCAGCAAACACGCCCAGUUUCUCUCGGCCCAUCGAAAUGCACGCCCACGAUCCCUUGCGGUACGUCGGCGAUAUGCUAGCAUGGGUGCACCAGGCCGUUGCAGGGGAGCGAGAGUUCUUAGGCCAGCUCUUCGGCGAGAAAGAAGGCGAAGGAGGCAGGAGGGUAGGGGAAAGGAGAAGGGGGAUCGAAGGGAGUAUUGAUUGGGGAAGGAGAGGCAGCCAGAUGCCAGAGGCGACUCAAGCUACAGCAACGGAGGCUACGACUCGUCGCCUGCACUACGUGAGGGAUACGCUAAACCGCAGCCUUGAAGGGUGCUCUCGACCUCUCAGCGUACGAGUCGAGCAGACCAUCGACGUCCAGUCUUCCCCACUUGUGGCGCUUCGCCUGGCCCACUUGGUUGACUUUUACCGACAGGUCAUGCUCGAUACGCUCGGGAGCAAGGCGACUCUAUCGAAGGUGCUCGACGACCUCAACAAGACGGCGUGGACAGCUUUCGGUGAUGCGGUCAAGAGGCAAGCGAGAGAGCUAGACAAUCAAGGCGGUGAAGUCCCAGCAAUGAGGGGUGAUGGAGAAGAGCUUGGCCUACCAGCGAGCUUGCUGAGCGCUCUCUCUUCUGUCAAGGAGCUUAUGGAGGAGCACGGUCACCAGGCGCCGUCCUCUGCGAGUGAUACUGCUGCAGAGUCCGUCCUGGUCGCAGCGGAUCAGCAGAGCAAGGAGUCUGAAGGCCAGGCAGACGAGACGACUUCCUUUGCCUCGGUCCUGUCGACACUUCUCGAUGCUAUGCUCCGCCAAGUCGACACUACACAAGGCCUCAUUGUCGAAGCCGCCCAAGUCCCAUCGCCGGCCAAGGGGAGCAAAUCGCCAAGCAAGAGCGAUGACCCAGAUUCCGCAGCAACGGCACAUGCACAAGGCCUCGUCUUCCGGCUCAAUUGUCUUGAGCGGAUCGUCACAACACUCGAAAGGAGCAGCAGCGCAGCUUCCUCGUCUCCGCUUCUUGCGCCUCCGCGCACUGCCCUCACUGCAACGCAUCGAGACCUAGUCGACUCCACCUACGCCCACGUCCUGGUGACCAGCGGGCUCUCUCCAGCACUCUCCGAAUCAUCCUCUGCGGCAACUCUUGAAUGCCUCCAAUCAUUCAGCGCUCGCCUGUCCUCCCCUUCGGGCUCACUUUCCCUCGCUACGCCUCCCUCCUGGCUCAGCCGCGUUCAGGCGCCGAGACAGAGGAGUGAGGUGCACGCAGAGGCCAUGCGCCGAUUGGUCGAGGGGUACGAAGGAGCGAUGAAGCGCUGCGAGGCUGUAGAAGGGCUGAGGAGUGCAGAAGAAGCAAGAAUGUUACUGGGCGUGUAA